AUGGCUUCUCACGGCAAGGACACGCAACAAGUCGUCGCCGGCGCCGACGGCAGAGGCGGGGGCUACGUGCUGCUCCUGCCGUACCCAAGCCAAGGCCACGUCCACCCGAUGCUGCAGUUCGCCAAGCGCCUCGCGCACCACGGCAUGCGCCCCACGCUCGCCGUCUCCCGCUACAUCCUCGCCACAUGCAAGCCCGACGCCGCCGCGGUCGGCGCGGUCCGCCUGGCCGCCGUAUCCGACGGCUGCGACGCGGGCGGGUUCGGCGAGUGCAACGACGUCACGGCCUACCUGGGGCUCCUGGAGGCCGCGGGUUCGGAAACGCUGGGGGAGCUCCUAGACGCCGAGGCCGCGGAGGGGCGCCCCGUCCGGGCGGUGGUCUACGACGCGUUCCUGCCGUGGGCGCGCGGCGUGGCGCAGCGGCACGGCGCCGCCGCCGUGGCCUUCUUCACCCAGCCGUGCGCCGUCAACGUGGUGUACGGCCACGUGUGGUGCGAGCGGGUCGGCGUGCCCGUGGAGGCUGGAUCCACCGUCGUCGGCCUGCCUGGGCUGCCGGCGCUCGAGCCGGAGGGCUUGCCGUGGUUCCUCAAGGUCGGGCCCGGCCCCUACCCGGGCUACUUCGAGAUGGUGAUGAGCCAGUUCAAGGGGCUGGAGCUGGCCGACGACGUGCUCGUCAACUCUUUCUACGAGCUCGAGCCCGAGGAGGCGGCGUACAUGGCGUCGGCGUGGCGCGCCAAGACGAUCGGGCCGACGGUGCCGGCGUCCUACGUGCACGACGACCGCAUGCCCUCGGACACCAAGUACGGCUUCCACCUCUUCGAGCUCACGGCCGCGCCCUGCGUGUCCUGGCUGUCAACGCACCCGGCGCGCUCCGUGGUGUUCGCCUCCUUCGGCAGCCUGUCGAACCUGGACCCGGCGGAGAUGCGCGAGGUGGCGCACGGCCUCCUGGACGCCGGCCGCCCGUUCCUCUGGGCCGUGCGCGAGUCGGAGAGCCACAAGCUGCCCGCCGGCUACGGCGACGCCGUGGCGGCGCGCGGCGGGAUGGUGGUGUCGUGGUGCCCGCAGCUGGAGGUGCUGGCGCACCAGGCGGUGGGGUGCUUCCUGACGCACUGCGGGUGGAACUCGACGUCGGAGGCGCUGGUGGCCGGCGUGCCGAUGGUGGCGCUGCCGCAGUGGACGGACCAGCCGAUGAACGCCAAGUACGUGGAGGCCGUGUGGCGGGCGGGCGUGCGCGUGCGCCCCGCGGCCCAGGACGGGCUCGCGCGGAGGGGGGAGGUGGCGGGCGGGAUCGAGGCGGUGAUGGCCGGCGAGCGGAGCGGCGAGUACAGGAGGAACGCCGCCGCGUGGGCGGAGAAGGCACGGGCGGCCAGCCGGGAGGGCGGCAGCUCCGACCGGAACAUUGCCGCGUUCGUCGCCAAGUAUGGCUCCAGCUCCAAGUGA